AUGGAGGCGGACGCACGCCGUUACGUCAAGGCCAUGAAGCUCUGGCUGCACUGUCUGCGCCUGGAGAUGGACAGCGGGAAGAAGGGAACAACGCCGGGGGUGACAUCCACGUUGACGGCAUGUACAGAACUUCUGGUGGAGCAGAUACGCAACGAAGGUGAUGCCGACUUCCCGGAGUCGCGUGCCAAGCUCAAACACACGCUGGCAGAUGACUGGCAAGGGUUCAACCUGGCGUCCGCAAUACGGGAGCAUGUUCUGGGCCCUAGCAGUCAGGACACGAUACACUACCUGCGUUGCCGUGGCGCCAUGGAGGCGGACGCACGCCGUUACGUCAAGGCCAUGAAGCUCUGGCUGCACUGUCUGCGCCUGGAGAUGGACAGCGGGAAGAAGGGAACAACGCCGGGGGUGACAUCCACGUUGACGGCAUGUACAGAACUUCUGGUGGAGCAGAUACGCAACGAAGGUGAUGCCGACGUGAAGGCACUGUUCGAGGUUGUCUGGAGCAAUCUCCACCGCCACCCCCUCGGCGGUAUCGAGUGUGGGAAAACAGUGCGGAUUCUUCUCACGGUGCUCUAUGUCUGGGACAAGCUAUCGUCCACCAUGCCGCACCACUUCGUGGCCUGUCGCGAGGCCGCCCAGCGUUUUGUCUACCAGCGUUUCGUCCUGCACAAGGGCUACAACAACUACACACCGCUGCACUUGGUCUGCGACAAGAAGACCUUCGUCAGCGGCGCAAAGUCGCGCAAGAACUUCUGCCAGUUUCCUAGUCCGCCAUUGCUCAAGCUGCUGCUGGAGUCGGGCGCCGAUCAGAUAAUCGAAGAGCGUGACAGUCGCGGAAACACGCCACUUCAUACGGCGGCGGCUAGCGGGAACGUGGGCUGUGUCCGCGAGAUGCUCUUCUACCUGACUGCGAAGCAGGCGACGCUGACGAAUCAUUCCGGAGUGACUGCAGCCAGCAUCAGCUCCAAUAACACACCCAGUGAUAAGAUCCACAUGGUCAUUAAUGAGUUUGUGUCACGAUGCAAGUAG